AUGGCUGAGGAGUCUCGAGUCUCCGCUUUGACGCAAGCGAUUCUACAGCCAAUUCCCGAAGCGGAGACUUGGCCGCUUCCCCAGGCCGCCCCCGCCGUUUCCCUGCCGGCCCGCGCAGCUUUCCACAUCCGGAAGCGGAGAGCCGGUUGUGCAGCUGUCUCAGCAGCGCGGCGUGCGUUUCUCGCUUUCUUAGUCACACAUGCCACUCUCAUACGGCUUCCUUCGGCACAGUUGAGCUUCAAGGACGUGUUCAUAGAUUUCACUCCUGAGGAGUGGGAAUGCCUGGACCCUGCCCAGAGGACCUUGUACCAGGAUGUGAUGGAGGAGACCCUCAGGAACCUGCUGUCUGUGGGAGGAAAGCCAUAUAAAUGUGAUGUGUGUGGCAAGGCUUUUAAUCAGACUAGAAAACUUGCAGUUCAUUGGAGAAUUCAUUCUGGAGAGAAACCACAUAAAUGUGAUGUGUGUGGCAAGGCCUUUAAUCACACUACAAGACUUGAACUUCAUCAGAGAAUUCAUACUGGAGAGAAGCCAUACAAAUGCAAUGUAUGUGGCAAGGCAUUUAGUCAUACUGCAAACCUUACUGUUCAUCAGAGACUUCAUACUGGAGAGAAACCAUAUAAAUGUGAUGUAUGUGGCCGAUGCUUUACUCAAAGCUCACAACUUGCAGUUCAUCAGAGAACUCAUACGGGAGAGAAGCCAUACAAAUGCAACGUAUGUGACAGGGCGUUUAGUCAUACUGCAAACCUCAGUGUUCAUCGGAGGCUUCAUACUGGAGUGAAACCAUAUAAAUGUGAAAUAUGUGGCAUGGCCUUUAAUGAAGCUGCAAAGCUUGCAGUUCAUCAGAGAUGCCAUUCGGGAGAGAAACCAUAUAAAUGCGAUAUAUGUGGCAGAGCCUUUAGUCAAACUGCAAAUCUUUCAGUUCAUCGGCUAAUUCAUUCUGGAGAGAAACCAUAUAAAUGUGAUGUAUGUGGCAAGGCCUUUAAUCAGACUGCAAAACUUAGAUGUCAUCAGAGAAUUCAUACUGGAGAGAAACCAUAUAAAUGUGAUGUGUGUGGCAAGGCAUUUCGUCAUGCUGGAACCCUUGCUGUUCAUCGGAGAGUUCAUACUGGAGAGAAACCAUAUAAAUGUGAUGUAUGUGGUAAGGCUUUUAAUCAGAAUGCAAAACUUGGCCUUCAUUGGAAAAUUCAUACUGGAGAGAAAUCUUAUAAAUGUGAUGUGUGUGGCAAGGCGUUUAGUCGUCCUGGAAACCUUGCUGUUCAUCGGAGAGUUCAUACUGGAGAGAAACCAUAUAAAUGCGAUAUAUGUGGCAAGGCUUUCAGAGUAAGCUCAAACCUUGCUGUUCAUCGGAGAGUUCAUACUGGAGAGAAGCCGUAUAAAUGUGAUGUGUGUGGCAAGGCCUUUAGUCAAGCUGCAGGCCUUGCAGUUCAUCAGAGAAUUCAUACUGAAGACAAACCAUAUAAAUGUGAUGUCUGUGGCAAGGCGUUUAAUCACACUACAAGACUUGAACUUCAUCAGAGAAUUCAUACUGGAGAGAAGCCAUACAAAUGCAAUGUAUGUGACAAGGUAUUUUGUCAUACUGCCAACCUUACUGUUCAUCGGAGACUUCAUACUGGAGAGAAACCAUAUAAAUGUGAUAUAUGUGGCAAGGCUUUCAGAGUAAGUUCAAACCUUACUGUUCAUCGGAGUGUUCAUACUGGAGAGAAACCAUAUAAAUGUGAUGUGUGUGGCAAGGCAUUUAGUCAUACUGGAAACCUUGCUGUUCAUCGGAGAGUUCAUACUGGAGAGAAACCAUACCAAUGUGGUGUGUGUGGCAAGGCGUUUAGUCGUAAUGGAACCCUUGCUGUUCAUCGGAGAAGAGUUCAUACUGGAGAGAAACCAUAUAAGUGCAAUAUAUGUGGCAAGGCUUUCAGAGUAAGCUCAAACCUUGCUGUUCAUCGGAGAGUUCAUACUGGAGAGAAACCGUAUAAAUGUGAUGUGUGUGGCAAGGCCUUUAGUCAAGCUGCAGGCCUUGCAGUUCAUCAGAGAAUUCAUACUAAAGACAAACCAUAUAAAUGUGAUGUCUGUGGCAAGGCGUUUAAUCACACUACAAGACUUGAACUUCAUCAGAGAAUUCAUACUGGAGAAAAGCCAUACAAAUGCAAUGUAUGUGACAAGGUAUUUUGUCAUACUGCCAACCUUACUGUUCAUCGGAGACUUCAUACUGGAGAGAGACCAUAUAAAUGUGAUAUAUGUGGCAAGGCUUUCAGAGUAAGUUCAAACCUUGCUGUUCAUCGGAGUGUUCAUACUGGAGAGAAACCAUAUAAAUGUGAUGUGUGUGGCAAGGCCUUUAAUCAGACGGCAAAACUUGGACUUCAUCGGAGAGUUCACACUGGAGAGAAACCAUGCAAAUGUGAUGUGUGUGGCAAGGCGUUUAGUCGUAAUGGAACCCUUGCUGUUCAUCAGAGAGUUCAUACUAGAGAGUAA